UUUUCCGAGUCAGUAUCGUGAGAGCUUUGGUCGCGAGUGGUUGACGGUUCUGGCCCUGCGGCUCUUGUCGGUUAUAAUCCUUCUAUAUGGUGACUGGAGGGUGGUAAACUCCUGAAUUAGGGAAAAAAGUCCUUUGAGGUUGUGCUGGAAAGUGGAUAGUUUGGGAUGUUUUUGUGCUUCACGUUGGUUUGAGGUGAAUGAAUCCUUUUGAGCCGAGAAUUUUAGCAGUGGAUCGUGAGAUACCUUGUGGAGAUAACAUCUUGAAUCUUGGUGAAUCAGAGGGAUAUGCCAGGAAGGCCAACUGAUAGCAGUGAAGUUAUGAAUGAAUGAAGAUCGGAUUAAUUGGAUGCAUUACAAAUCGAUUAUAAUUGAUGAAUGUGGAAUGCCGCUCAGUGAAUGGGGCAGUGAUAAUAAAUUGAUUAAGCAACAGAAAUCAGUUUGAAUGGUGAUUAAUGUGGUUCGGUUAUUGAAAACACACAGUGGAAGAGGCUCAGAGCGAUAAAUAAUAAAUAAGAAGUGUUGAACCGAGCGAAGAGCAACGACGGCGUGAAGCAGAGCAGAGUGUUCUUGUCGUCGGGAUUGGCUGGUGGAAGGUGGAAUCGUGGAAGCUACGUGAAGAGGAAAUCGAUAAAAUUUUCAGCGCUGGGAAAAUUAAGCGACAGAUGAAAAUGCUUCCUUGCUUGGUCGUAUGAGGGUGUUUCCUGUUGUAUGGUGUAGAGAUUAAAUAAUUCCGAGGAGAAAAACCUGGCGUAUGCGAAAGGAAGAAAGGAAGAAGGCCAAGUUGUUUAAAGUGUGAGAUAAUUUGCAUAUAAAUUGGAUCCGAGGAUAAAGUGAAACGGAAAAAGUUGUUAAAUGGUUUAGUGACCAAAAAAUAGUUGAAUGUGUGAAUUUAUUAAAAUUUGCGCGAGAGAUUGUUCAAAAGGAUUCUAGCAUGGAGGAGGAACUACGUUGUCCUGUUUGUAAGCAACUGUUCUCUAGUCCGGUGCUGUUGCCGUGCUAUCAUGCGCUUUGCUUAGCGUGUGCCUUGGACAUCCAGACAACAGCAAAUCAAGUCCACCACGCUCCGGCCGCUCAUUUGCAUCAACAGCACUCGUCGCAGUCGUCAGCUUCAUCAGUUAGCACUGGCAGUUCAAGUGCUACCGAGAGCGUUUCUUCAGAUCAGGAUCAGGCCGACAAAGUUAGCAUUUUGAGUGAAGCAGACUCUGGGGUAAUUUGCUGCACUUCACGUCCAGGCUCGUACGCCGGCACUCCGAAUCUUCAAGGGCUGUUGUUCCCACCAUCGGGUUCAGGAUCGGUAUUCUCGCUCGCUUGCCCCAUUUGCCGUAAGAUCGUAUUCUUUGACGAACUUGGCGCCAGAAAUUUGCCACUGUAUCGGGCGAUGGAAUCUAUUGUGGAUCGCUUCUGCGAACGUGAAGCCUUGAGAUGUCAGAUGUGUGAAACUGAACCACCGAAAGUGGCAUCGGUCGUUUGCGAGCAGUGUGAAAUUCGUUACUGCGAUGGAUGUCGUGAACUUUGUCAUCCGGCACGUGGCCCAUUGGCUAAGCACACACUUACCAAGCCGCGUGGCGCCUCUCAGCUUCGAGAGUCGAUCUGCGGCGAGCAUAACGAGCCACUUGCCAUGUACUGCAUGGGCUGCAAGCUGCCGAUCUGUAGUCAGUGCAUGGCCGACAACCGUCAUCAGUCCCACGACUUGCAAUCGAUCAUGGCGAUGUGCAAAGCUCAAAAGACUGAAUUAUCACAUAACCUGCAACAACUGUCAGAGAAAGCGCGAUCGACGACAGAAUUUAUCCAAAGACUGAAAGGAAUGAGUGAUAAAGUAACGGAAUCCUGCAUCGAAUUCGAACGAGUGGUAACGGCACAGUGUGAAGCGCUGAUAGAGUCGAUAACCGCGCGGAGGGAGGUCCUACUGGAAGCCAUCCGACAAGACAAAGAUACCAAAAUUAGAACACUUAAGGAUCAACAAGCGAGUUGUACAGGGAAACUGCAGCAAACCACAGGAUUAAUACAGUUCUGCAUCGAAGCGUUAAAAGAGACUGAUAGUGCGGCAUUUUUACAGGUUGGCUCGAUGCUGAUCAACAGGGUAGCGAACACCGACAUGACGUGGCAUCAGGAGGUGACGAAUGCCGCGCCCCGAGUUUCUCCCAUCAUCGAUCUCACGCUGGACGACACUUCGGUUAUCCGGGCGAUCGAUAAUCUUAACUUCAUUCAGAUGAAACCUGCUAAAGAAGGAGAAGAACGACUGCCAGCAGUUCCCCUGGCACCGAUCAUCAUCCCGGAGGACUGUUCCGCAGAAAACAACUCGGUAACUGUUGCGUGGCAGCCACCGAACCACUCCUUUGUGCAGGGAUACGUUCUGGAGCUGGACGACGGAAGUGGCGGCGAAUUUAGGGAAGUGUACUGCGGAAAAGAGACAAUCUGCACCGUGGAUGGGCUGCACUUCAACUCGAUGUACAACGCCAGAGUCAAAGCCUUCAACAGCACCGGAGAGGGCGAAUACUCGGAACUUAUUGGCUUGCAGACGGCGGAAGUGGCGUGGUUCACCUUUGACUCGGCCCUCAGCGGCGGACCCUGCUCUGGACUGAACUUCAUCAACGAUAACCGGACCGUUUCGGCUGACGGAUGGGAGCACCGGGUGGCCCUCGGUUCCGUUGGUUUCUCUCGCGGGGUGCACUACUGGGAAUUUACCAUCGACAAAUACACGGCCGACACGGAUCCCGCCUUCGGAAUCGCCCGGAUUGAUGUAGCCCGAGAUAAGAUGCUGGGCAAGGACGAUAAAGGUUUCGCGAUGUACAUCGAUCGUCAGCGGUCAUGGUUCCAGCACAAUUCCGUACAUGAACGUCGGGUAGAGGGAGGCAUUUCCACCGGCAGCACCAUCGGCGUCCUGUUGGAUCUCGAGCGUCACACGUUACACUUCAUCGUCAACGAGAUGCCUCAGGGGUCGGUCGCGUUCCGAGAUCUCUAUGGGGUCUUCUAUCCGGCCGUCAGCGUUAAUCGUGGCGUCACUCUGACACUUCACACUGGACUCGAUGCACCGCACAUGGAUUACCACUAGGGUUAGUAGGGUCAUCAGGGCUGGCGCAUGAUCUACCAGUAAAGCACGGAGUGGAAAGUUGAUUCACAGUGGUCUAAAAUAGUAAUUUAGAUUGACUGUUAAAUUGGACCGAGUCGUAGCUGUGCUCAGUCUUUUGUCUGACUUCCCAUUUUCCUGCUAAAUCAGAUCUGAUAAUUCCAACUGCAUGGAAUCCGUCAAAACAAUUCCAUCUGAACCACUGUGUAUGGAGGCGGUAGCUUGCAAAUCAUUGCAUUGGAAGAGCUUUCUUUAAUUUAAAUUCUAUUUAAAUUAUUUUGCAACUCUAUCGUCGCCCGUCUCCAUAGUAGCAGACCAAGUCUUGUCGUGUGGUCUGGUAGACAAAACGCUCAGUCAGGGUCACACAAAGUAAGUUCCUCCCCUGCCAUCAAGGGCCUAUUACUCGAUGCUGGGGGCGAUGAUGCACGGUAGAGAUAAUUUUGCGACCCAGGGACACCAAAAACUAAUACGAGAGACAGAGGAAACGUGUGUAAAGAGAAGAAAAAACAUAAUCAUGCUUAUGCUAUUUAUAAUGUACAGACAUGGCUUUAAGUUGUACAAAACGGUAAGAGAUAGUGAGUGCAUGUGGGAUCGAGUGGGUGGAACGACACAGCAUGGUAACCGCAGUAGAAACAGCAGCAGCAGAUAGCAGUAGCAAAAACGGUAUCCGGGAAAUUUCCGAUCGAAUUAAAUUGUUCUGGCGCUGCAGCAAUAAAUAUAGAAACGAGUCGAAAUGGGAAAUGCUGUAACUCGAUAUCGAAGACCCAGAUUUAUGUGGGACAUUUGACUUGAAGCAUUUGUGUAUUGAGAUGAGGAUUUUUCCUAUUCGUAGAAAGGUAUUGACAUUUUUUCCUAGGGCAUGAAGAAACAUUUGAAUUCAUUUUGGUUUAUUAUAAUUAGUUUAAAAACAAUGACUGAUAACUGUUCGUGAUUGAUUUCAAAAGUAUAUAUCAUUUCUGUAAUCCUCAACUUGAGUGUUUAGUUGGAUAUAAGAUAAAAGGGUUCAAUGGCUUUUAAUUAUCAAUUAGAUAUCAGGUGUAAGAAAGCUGGCCUAGAUAGUCGCAGCAGCAAACGCGCAGCUACUCAGCAAGAUCAAUUUGUGAGUCGUGGGUUCGAAUCCCACCGGUUGAGGAGCCUUUGGGGUUGGGAAUAUCCUCGACUUAUCAGGGCAUAUAUGAAGAAGGGUAUCCAUCCCAUUAUGGAGGACCUGUGCAAAGUGUUGAAUUUAAUUUGAAUUCCAAUAUUCAAAACCUAUAUAUUGUUUUAUUUCGCAAUUUGUUGUGUUGAAACA